GGUGUUUGAAAGGAUCUUUGUGCUUUUGUGUCUUCAGCGCUUCCUCAUCCCACUCGGAACCUGCUUCCGGCUGCAGCUGCAGAGAGGACACCCGGGACCCAUGGAAACGCAGGCUGACCGUGUUCUACAGGAACCUCAGGCCCUGCUAGAGAGUGCGCUUUCUGCCUCCAAAGUUCCUACGUUUUCCGACAAGGACAGCCUGGGAGAUGAGAUGUUGGCAGCUGCGCUCCUCAAGGCCAAGUCCCAGGAGCUGGUGACAUUUGAGGAUGUGGCUGUGUACUUCAUCUGGAAGGAGUGGAAGCGUUUGGAACCUGCGCAGAGAAGCCUCUACAGGGAUGUGAUGCUGGAGAAUUACGGGAACGUGUUCUCACUGGAUGGUGAGACCAGAACUGAGAACAAGCAAGACAUUUCUCAAGAGAGAGGAUCCCACGGGGUGCUAUUGGGAAGAUUCCAGAAGGACAUUUCUCAGGGCCUUAAGUUUGAAGAAGCCUACAAACAAGAAGUCAGUCUAAAGAAGCAGCUUGGGCACUCCUCGGGCAAACGAUUAAACAGGAAAAUGCAGGUGACGGUUGGCGAGAAGUUCACGCCCACAGAACAGAGAAGUGAGAAGUACAACGAAUUUGAUAGCAGCUUCACUGUGAGUCCCAACCUGAUUUCACAUCAGAGACUUCCUAUGGGAGACAGACCUCAUAAGUGUGAUGAAUGUAGCAAGAGCUUUAAUCGAACUUCAGACCUUAUUCAGCACCAGAGGAUCCACACUGGGGAGAAGCCCUAUGAAUGUAGUGAGUGUGGGAAGGCCUUCAGCCAGAGCUCACACCUGAUUCAGCACCAGAGGAUCCACACAGGCGAGAAGCCCUACGAGUGUAACGACUGUGGGAAGACCUUCAGCUGCAGCUCAGCUCUCAUUCUGCAUCGGAGGAUCCACACCGGAGAGAAGCCUUACGAAUGUAACGAGUGUGGGAAAACCUUUAGCUGGAGCUCCACCCUCACUCACCACCAGAGAAUCCACACUGGCGAGAAACCCUAUGCUUGCAAUGAAUGUGGAAAGGCCUUCAGUAGGAGCUCCACCCUUAUCCACCAUCAGAGAAUCCACACUGGAGAAAAGCCCUAUGAAUGUAACGAGUGUGGGAAGGCCUUCAGCCAGAGUUCUCACCUCUAUCAGCACCAGAGAAUCCACACUGGAGAGAAACCCUAUGAAUGUAUGGAGUGUGGAGGGAAGUUUACUUAUAGUUCAGGCCUUAUUCAGCAUCAAAGAAUCCACACCGGGGAGAAUCCCUAUGAAUGUAGCGAGUGUGGGAAAGCCUUCAGGUACAGCUCAGCUCUUGUCCGCCACCAGAGAAUUCACACUGGAGAGAAGCCUUUGAAUGACGGGUAUGAGCAAAAGCUCUCUCAGAGUUCCUGCUGAAUUAAAUAUCAGAGAGUCCACUUGAACGGGAACCACAGCUCUGUCUUCCUCUCUUCCUGCCUUACUAACCUAAGUACGCACAGCUUAGGAUGUGUCCCUCCAGCUUCAACCUUCCACCGUAGAGACUGGGGCACACUGGGUAAAUCACCCUGGUAUGGGGACCAGUGACCUAGUAGCCUGGAAAAAUUAGGAGGCAAGCAGCAGAUGAGGUGCUGGGAUUAGAAGGAAACGCUGCGGCCAGUUGCCCCAUUUCAAAGGAGUUUGCACUAAAGCAUUUUUGUCACACCAGAGGAGCCUUUCUGACAUGGGGUUGGAAGCACAGUGGGAGCAGAAUUCCAGGGAUUCCACGAGGCAGGGCUGUCACAGCACACAGGGCAGUGGAAAGAUGUUCUGGGUCCUGCUGUCUCCUAGCAGCGGGAGAUGCAGACCGUACUGCAAAACCCCUGUUUUUCCAAACCAGCGUUAAGUUGCAGAAAUGUGCUGUUUGUUUUAAUUAAUUACGGCCAUCUGGGGCUGAGGGGUUUGUUUUACUGAGUUAUUUAUUUUUUUAAUGUCUAAUUGGUAGGGCUCUUGGAUCAGCAAGACCAUGUUUGAGAGAAACCUGGCAAUAUUAUACACAGACCCUUUCUCUUUCCUGCUGUGAUGGGACUGACUGGGAAGGUGAUCAGUGAGAAGGCCUCUGGAGUCUGUCCUCCCCCUUGCUCCUACGAAGAAAAGUGGUUUAAUCCCAGCCCUAGUUAGCAAGGGUGCUUGCAGGAAGCUCACUCGGCCAGCCUGCCCAGCCCUCUGACGCCUCUGACAUCUGCCCCCAGCAGCC